GCGCCGCGGCCCGGGCACGGGCACCGCGCUCCGCUCCGCUCCGCACCGCUCCGCCCGCAGCGGAGGCAGGGCCGGCCGGGCCGAGCCGAGCCGAACCGAACCGAACCGAACCGAACCGGGCGGGGGGGACCCGCCCGCAGCACCGCACAGCACCGAGCAGCUCCGCGCCGGCUGCGGGGAUGUGAGCGGAGGCUCCGCCGGCAGCGCCGCCGCUCCGCGCCCGCUGCGCGCCCCGGGAAGAUGCUGAGCAGGUGGAUGAGUGGCAGCAGCAGGAACCUGGACCGCGAGUACAACUGCACCGUGCGGCUGCUGGACGACAGCGAGUACACCUGCACCAUCCAGCUGCUCCAGAAAAGAUACGAAGAAGGCACCCCGCGUAGAGGGACUGCUCUAACCGAGGGGGGACGAUGGAAAGAAACCGUGGGGCUCCUUGCGUCGUGCCCAGCGCGUUACCUGAAGUUUGUUCCAUGGUGUUACAGAGAGAUGCCAAGGGUCAGUACCUGUUCGACCUUCUGUGCCACCACCUGAACCUGCUGGAGAAGGAUUACUUCGGCAUUCGGUUUGUGGACCCCGACAAGCAAAGGCAUUGGCUGGAGUUCACAAAGUCGGUUGUGAAGCAGAUGAGGGCCCAGCCGCCCUUCACCAUGUGUUUCCGCGUCAAGUUCUACCCCACGGACCCCGCGGCUCUGAAGGAGGAGAUCACCAGGUAUUUAGUCUUCCUGCAGAUCAAACGAGAUCUCUACCACGGCCGUCUCCUCUGCAAGACUUCAGAUGCUGCUUUGCUGGCCGCCUAUAUCCUUCAAGCCGAGAUCGGGGACUACGACCCAGGGAAGCACCCGGAGGGCUACAGCUCCAAGUUCCAGUUCUUCCCCAAGCACUCGGAAAAGCUGGAGAGGAAAAUUGCAGAGAUCCACAAGUCGGAGCUGAGUGGGCAGACACCAGCUACUUCAGAGCUGAAUUUCCUAAGGAAAGCCCAGACUCUGGAGACCUAUGGAGUUGACCCACAUCCCUGCAAGGACGUGUCGGGAAACGCGGCGUUUUUGGCCUUCACUCCCUUCGGGUUCGUGGUGCUGCAGGGAAACAAGCGAGUGCACUUCAUCAAAUGGAAUGAGGUGACCAAAAUGAAAUUUGAGGGAAAGACUUUCUAUUUAUACGUAAGUCAGAAGGAGGAAAAGAAAAUUGUCCUUACCUAUUUUGCCCCAACGCCAGAAGCCUGCAAGCACCUCUGGAAGUGUGGGAUCGAAAACCAAGCCUUCUACAAGCUGGAGAAGUCGAGCCAGGUCCGGACGGUGUCCAGCAGCAACUUGUUCUUCAAAGGAAGCCGGUUCCGAUACAGUGGCCGCGUUGCAAAAGAAGUGAUGGAGUCCAGCGCCAAGAUCAAGCGGGAGCCGCCGGAGAUACAUCGGGCAGGGCUGGUGCCGAGCCGGAGCUGCCCCUCCAUCACCCACGGCCCCCGCCUGAGCAGCGUGCCCCGCACCCGCAGGAGAGCCGUUCACAUCUCCAUCAUGGAAGGCCUGGAGUCUCUGCGUGACAGUGCCCACUCCACCCCGGUGCGCUCGGCCUCCCACGGCGACGCCUUCGUGCCCCCCGGCCGCGGCGGCCGUGCCGAGAGCAGCGAGCGGGUGGCCGUCAUCGCCGACGAGAGCUACAGCCCGGCCGACAGCGUGCUGCCCACGCCGGUGGCCGAGCACAGCCUGGAGCUGAUGCUGCUGUCGCGGCAGCUGAACGGGGCCCCGUGCAGCAUCGAGGAGGAGAAGGAGUCGGAGGCCGGCACGCCCAGUGCGGCCGAGGCCGAGGAGCUGGGCGAGCUCCGCGCCCUGUGCCUGGGCGCCAGCGGCCGCGGCGGGACACGGGCGGAACAGGUGAAUAAGUUUGUUUUAAGUGUCCUCCGUUUGCUCCUUGUGACAGUUGGACUCCUCUUUGUUUUGCUCCUUCUCCUGAUCGUCCUUACCGAGUCCGACCUUGACACUGCCUUUUUCCGCGAUAUCCGCCAGACCCCCGAGUUCGAGCAGUUCCAUUACCAAUACUUUUGUCCCCUCAGGCGAUGGUUUGCCUGCAAAGUCCGCGCCGUGGUAAGCCUGCUCAUUGACACCUGAAGGCAGGAGCCGCCACAAAACUAGCCAGGCGGACUCGGGAGAGACCUGCUGUUGUCCCCAGCGAGCGGGACCUUUGUGGCACCUUCGGCUCUUGCAAUAACUCCUUCUCCCAUGACCCCGAGUACAGUGCUGCCUAGGACGUUUCUUUCCAGGAGGACGAGAGGGGUAGACGCAGACCAGACACUUGUCCUUCCCUAGCCUGCUCGGCCGCUGCUUCCACCCCCUGGAGCCCGCAGAAUAAGUUAAGGUUUCCGUUUUGAUUUUUCACAGCCGCGUGUGUUACUUUUGGAAGUACCAAAUAAAGAGAGGAAUUUAUUUUAC